AUGUGUGACAUCAUUCGUCGUGAUAGGGCCUUUACAGAAUACAUGGCUUCCUGGCAUGGUGCUGUGGUUUCCUUGCCUGACACCAUAGGUUUUGAGCCGGCGGCCCCGUUAAUGUGUGCCCGGGGCGAGAGCAUCGGCAUCAUCGCCAUAGACAGCCAUGAGGUUGGUUUGAAGCUCGCUUCUGGAGUUCCCGCUCACCUCCAACCGGAUCUCGUACUCAAGCUUGAUGACAGAGAAACUAUUCAGAAGAUCUUCGACUUUACCGACGGAACUUGUCUCAAAGCAACUAUUGUAUGCACCAGCGACGAUGCUGCUAAUGACUGGGUUACUCAACGCUUACAACCAAGUGGAUUAUUAGAUGUUGCUGGCUUUCCUAAGCAUGGUCUCAAAUUCGAACCCCUGAAUCUCAUGUUGAGAGAGAUUUUCGUCAAGGGAACAGUCCACGGUAGCAUGGAUGAGACUAGAGACAUGAUGAAUUUGUAG